ACCGACACGCGCGACACGCCAAUCCACCACAAUGGCCGACUCCGAGCCCACGAAGCCGCGGCAGCCCUCGCCCGAGAACCAAGGCUCCGACGAUGGCGAGCCCGCCAUGGUCGUCACGCGCGCGCGCCGCUCCAACGCCGGCAACUGGAUGCGCAAGCUGCUGGACCAGGAAGAGCGGCACGAGGAGAACGCCGAGAUGGUCGAGUUCUACGGCGGCGAGGGCUGGGCCGAGCUUGCCGACGACGACGAGUUUGGCGCGUACGGCGUCGAGGACGAGGGCGACAUAGCGCUGGAGAGCUCGGGCGACGAGGACGAGGACGAGGGCGCCAACGACGAUGACGACGACGACGAUACCGGCGAAAAGGUCAUUCGCAAGGAGGAGCGCGAGCAGCGGGCCGCGCAGCGCAAGAAGCGCAAGGACCCGUUCGCCGCCAGCGCGCUGCGCCAGAAGAGAGCGAAGACGGGGUCCGGGCCUUCGGCUGCUGCUGCUGCGGCCGCGCCUGGUUCCAUGGCUCCACCGCCGCGCCCGAAGAAGAAAUCGGAGCGCGUCUCAUGGCUGCCUGAAGUGCACGUGGGCCCUGUCAGGUCGUCGUCGCGCCAGCUCUCGGUCCAGAAUAGGCAGAUGAUUGCGCAGAGUCUCGAGGAGAAGGAACGGCACAGGCUCGAGGUGCUGGAGACAAUGAGGCAGGCGGAGCAGCGCAAGGAGCAGGGCCAGCCGAAGCCCAUGACGCAGGAAGAACGGCUGGCCGAGGCGGCGCGAGUGGAGAAGCGGAACAGCAAGACGCUGAGUCGGUGGGAGGAAGCGGAGCGGCGGAAGGUCGAGGAGAACAAGGCGCGGUUGGAGGCUUUGAAGAACCGCAAGCUAGAGGGCGCCUUCAUACGCUAUUACAGCGGCCCGUCGAUCUGGGUAAAUGACAAGCUCAAGUUUGUCGGCAAGGAAAAUUGCAAGGUUGAAGACCUUGACCUCCUCCAAGAAGAGCCCACGCCCACACCCGUAAAGGCGGAGGCGUCUGAAGGCAAUACACCCCAAGUAGAUGCUGCGUCGACGCAGGAUCAAGCCCCUAGCGGAGACCAAGAGCAAGCUACCAGUAAUCAAAACCAACCUCAACCACAACCACAACCAACUCCCGCCGACACUACUGUGUCGACUCAACAACCACCACCACCGCCACCUCCGACCACCACCACCACCCCUCCCCAACCGACAGACGCCAAAAAGCCCGAUUCCUUCGCCGCCCCACCCACCACCAUCCACCAGUCCUUCGGCAACAGCAUCAUGUUCCCACCCCCGGAAGCAACCCCCGGCGGCUUCCUCGACGGCAUCCUAGACUGGGCCUCGCGGGACCCGACGACGACGACGACGACGACGACGUCCAAUACCGCCGCCGCUGCGCCCGAACCGCCCCAGAGCCCCCGGCGCACCAGCGCUCCGGCCGCGACCCCCGCGCCGCCAGCAACGCAAUCGCAGGAGGGGGGAGGGGAAGCGGGAGCGCCAGCGCUGGCAGCACUACCGCAUCGUCUGGAGUCUUCUUCGGCGCCGCCUAAACAACCUACACAACAACCACAACAACAACAGCAACACGACCCUGCCUCUGCCCCACAAGCCACAGACACAGACACAGACGCGCAGCAACCCUCCGCGGCAACAGAAGCAGCAGCAGAAGCAACAACAGGCGCACCAGCACCAACAUCCACAUCAACGCCCACGCCCUUGCCCUUCCCCCCCGCCCCCCUCACCAAACGCACCAUCCAGCGCGCCACGCGCAACCUCAUCACGCUCUCCUCGCCCGAAACCGCCGGCGGCGCAGCGUCCACCACACACAGCACACACACGCACAACGCCCUCACACGAGACAAAGCCUUCCUAACGCGCACGCUCCUCGCCUGGCCCGCCACCGCACCCACCACCCUCCCCCCCUACCCGCACCUCCCGCCCGGCACCCGCCCCGGCCGCGGCUCCCGCUCCCACCUCCUGCAUCCCCCGCGCACGCAGUGCGUCAUCACGGCGCAGCCGGCGCGGUACCGCGACCCGCUGACGGGGCUGGCGUACGCCGACGCGUAUGCGUUUAAGGGGUUGCGCCGGUUCGUGCGCGAUGGGACGGCCCGCUGGAGUAGUUUGCUUGGGUGUUUUGUUGGCGCGAGGGAGGGGCGGUGGGCGGUGGCUAGGGGGGUGCCGGGGGGGUUUGCGGGGGAUAAGAAGGAUGAUGGGGAAGGGGAGGGGGAUGGGGAGGGCGGAGGAGGAGAGGCAGGAGGAGCGGGGAAGGAGGGCGAGGCUAAGGAGGCUGCGGGGGUGGUGGCGCUGGAGGGUGGUGCUGAAGGGAGAGACGAGGGCCGCAAAGACGCGGACACGGUGGUGGUGGCGGCGAAGUGACGCUCCUCUCCUGCUUUCCUGUCUUGUUCCGCCUUGUUAUGAUUCGGCUCUAACACCCCCCCCCCCCCCC